AUGCGAGACGAUGAGGAAGAUGGCAGCUGGGUGCCAGAUGAGCGUGGCGACUUGAAGGACGUCGGCAUCCACGAGAACAACGUCGAUACUCAUGGUGGAGAGAGUGAACAACAACAUCUGUCGCCCGAGGAGACGGCCCGCAUGCGCAAGAUAUACCGCAAGCUCGAUUGGAGGAUUGUUCCACCUUUCUGGAUGUUGUACUUCCUCUGCUCGGCGGUGAGAUCGAAUGUCGGCCUGGCACAGACGAUGGACACCGAGCAGGGCCAUGAUCUGGAGACUUAUCUAAACCUCACCCCUCACCAAGUAUCCACCGGCCUUGCAUUGUUCUACGUCACCUAUGUCAUCCUGGAGGUUCCGUCAAAUCUGGCCAUGAGCAGACUCUCGCCUUCGGUAUGGCUUGCUCGAAUCGUUAUCAGUGUCGGUGUCAUUGGAACGGCCAUGGUCGGGAUGAAGAACGCUGCGGGAUACUAUGUCUUGAGAUUGCUCUUAGGAGCUGUCGAAGCUGGCAUGUGGCCGGGCAUGUCGCUGUUCCUCACUCUAUUCUAUCCACCCCAGCGCAUGGCCAAACGAAUCGGAUGGUAUUUCACUGCCUCUCAGGUUUCUGCUGCUGUCGUGGGUCUCGUCAGUGCCGGCUUCCAGGAAAUGGACGGGCGUGGCGGUCUAGUCGGCUUUCAGUGGAUGUUUUUGAUCUGGGGGCUGGUCACACUGGUUGUUGGGUUUAGCUUGCUAUGGUGGCUACCGGAUCGCCCGCUGGCGCCCGGCGAGCACAGGAAAAUUCGUUGGUGGAAUAGAUUCUUGCCCGCACCACGACCAGCUUUGGUCGGCGACGAUGCUGCUCUCCAUUACAAGUAUCUCAGUCAAGCCUACCACCACUCCGACUGGACGCUUCGCGAUCUGUGGAAUGUUCUCCUCGAUUGGCGUUUUUGGCCUCUUUUGAUCAUGUACUUUGGCGUUGUUGGCGUUGGGAAUGGUGUCCAAAGCUAUGGUACUGUCAUAUUGAAAGCCAUAAAUCCGUCGUUUACCGGAGUCGAGCUGAGUCUACUCUAUGCACCCAUCUGGAUAUGCGAUCUUGUUGGCAUCGUCACUGUGACCCCGAUCAGCGACUACUUUCAUCGGCAUCGAGCUAUACUCUUUAGUUUACCAACCGCAUUGCAGAUUGCUGGACUUCUCAUCUCGACCUAUUCAGGAGACUCUGCUUCGGCCAAGUGGGGUCGGUAUGUAGGACUUCUUAUCGUAGGGUAUGGACUUGGACCUACUGUGCCUAUCACGAUGACUUGGACUGCCGAGAUCUUUCAACCACGACACGGCGAAGUUGGAGUCGCAGCCGCUAGCGCUCUAGUAUCUGGCCUUGGCAAUCUUGGUAGUGUCGUCACAAACUAUGCGCUAUUCUCAGGAUGGCCGGCUGAUGCAAAGCGGAACCCAGCUUAUGUGGGCAGUAACUGGGUGAUGAUCGCUAUUCUGUUUGCAAGCAUAGUCGCAAGCUUCGUCAUGACAUUGCUACUGAAGGUCACGGACGGCUCACGAGAAAAGAGGAAGCAAGACACAGCUUGA